AUGUUCUUUCCUUCAUUGAUCCUGGCUGCUGGCAGCCUGUCCACUCUCAUUCAAGCCAUUCCUCAUGGCGCGAAGCACCAUCACUCUUUGCACCGUCGCGCUGCUGCUACCUAUGCUGUCAUGGGCGGUGACGGUGAGGCAUCCGACGGAUGGCCUACCAUUAGCCAAUGGUCGGAGUACGAGACUCUCUGGGGUCUCAACCAAAUUCUGAUUGCCGCAUCAUGCGACAACUCUGACGACGAAACAAGCGACAUUAACACUAGCAUCAAGUCGAUCGCCAGCGAAACUGGCGUCGACGCUCGAUUCAUCCUUGCAAUUAUUAUGCAAGAAAGUAAGGGCUGCGUUCGCGUCCAGUCCACCAACAACGGUGUUGAGAAUACUGGUCUCAUGCAAAGCCACGAUGGCGAGGGCUCCUGCAAUAAGGACGGUAGCAAAACAACCCCCUGCCCCUCCUCCAUGAUCACGCAAAUGAUCCAAGACGGCACCGCUGGAACCACCCAGGGCGACGGUCUCAAGCAGUGCUAUGAGGCCCAAACCGGUGGUACUGCGGCCAAGUAUUACAAGGCCGCCCGCACAUACAACUCUGGCUCUAUCGCCUCAUCCGGCAACCUCGGCCAGGGCGGCGCAACCCACUGCUAUGCCUCCGACAUCGCCAACCGUGUCCGCGGCUGGGCCGGCGACGUGAGCGAGUGCGUUGAAGCUACCAUUGGAACCAUUACUAGCGGCGUAGAGUCGGCCCUCGGUGGGGACGACGGCUCGAGCAGCACCUCUACCUCAACCACUGCUGCGCAGUCCACGGAGACUGCUGAGCCUGUCCAGACCUCGUCCAGUGCUGCAGAGCAGCCUGUGACCACCGAACCCAUUCAAACCUCCUCUGCUCCUGCCCAGGCAGCCGAGACAUCGUCUGCCGCAUCAUCCGCCACAUCCACUGAGACCACCUCUGUGGCACCUGCCCCCACCUGGACCCCUAGUUCGAACGUGCAAGUAGCCGCACAGACCACCACUCCGACUCCAUCCUGGACGACCAAGUCUGCGCCAGCUGCAACAACUGCACCAGCAGCCUCCAGCUCAGCAUCCGGAACAGCCCCUCUCUACCCCUACGCCUCCUCAUCAUGCCAGAAGUACUACACCGUUAAAGCCGGUGAUUUCUGCGACAAGGUGACCGAAGCUGUUGGAAUCUCGUUCCUAGAUCUCCGCAGCUUGAACCCUGGCCUCGACGAGAAGUGCUCGGAUCUGUGGCUCGGAUAUCAGUACUGUAUCAAGGCUUAA